CAAGCACAACCACUAAACUCUAGCAUAGACUUUUUCUAAGAGAAGAAAAAGUGUGUUGGUACGAUGUUUUUAACAUAAAACGCUUAGACCAAGUAUCUGUACAUCUUAUACUUUCAGUGUUCAUCAUAUGAGAAAACCCCUAGUGAAUAUUAUGGCUUACUUGCCUAUCCUUAUUCUGUUUUCAGUUUGGUUUUUGGUAUCCGAGAUUGGUUUAGCUCUAGAAAAUAUUACAAACACGCGAUUUCUUAGAGAUGAUCUGGACACAAUGGAGUCUAGUAAUGCCAUUUUUAAGAUGGGCUUUUUCAGCCCGGCUAAUUCGACUAAUCGCUAUGUUGGGAUAUGGUAUAGUAAUCAGGAGUCUGAUAAGCUGGAAGUGGUAUGGGUAGCUAACAGGGAAAAUCCAAUUACUGAUUCUACUGGGGUCUUCAAAGUGUCUGAGGAUGGAAAUCUUCAAGUCUUGGAUGCACAAAAUGCGGUGUUUUGGUCCUCAAAUGUGUCUUUUGAGGGAAAUAACUCAGUUGCCCAACUCCUAGAUACAGGAAAUCUUGUUUUGCAUUCAGAUGAUGGUGAUACAAUCAUCUGGCAGAGUUUUGAGCAUCCAACAGAUUCAUUUCUACCACUGAUGACAUUUACCAUCGAUGAAAGCGCGGGAAACAAAAAAGUACUGUUUAGAUCUUGGAGGAGCCCUUCGGAUCCAUCAAGUGGCAAUUUCACAGUUGGUAUUAACACUCUUAUUCCUCCUCAAGUUUUUAUGUGGAAUGAUGAUCGCCCUUAUUGGAGAAAUGCACCAUGGAAUGGUAAUAUAUUUAUUGGAAAAAAUACCGUUCUAAGUAUUGUAAAUGACAAUGGAGGAAAAAUAUACUUCAGAUUUUCCUUGGGGAACGAGUCACUUAGUGUUCUACAACACUUUGUAGUGAAUUUUGAUGGAAAUCUGGUCCAAAAACAAUGGAAUGCAGGGAAAUGGGAAAUUGUAUGGAGGGCCCUGGAAUCUGACUGUAAUAUUUAUGGCAAGUGUGGACCAUUUGGACUUUGUAGCUCAAAGAAUUCAUCAAUCUGCAGUUGCUUGAAUGGCUUUGUGCCAAACAACAAUGAAGAAUGGAGCAAAGGGAAUUGGACAAACGGGUGUGUUCGGAGAACACCACUGCAGUGUGUGACUAGACGGGGCAGAGCAGAUGAGUUUUGGAAGUUGAGAAAUGUGAAAGUUUCAGAUGGUGCUAAGUGGUAUCCCACAAACGGAGUAGAAGAAGAAUGUAAGAGGCAGUGCUUAGGAAACUGUUCAUGUUUGGCUUAUUCUUAUUAUUCAAGUAUUGGGUGUAUGAUAUGGAAUGCCAGCUUAAUUGACAUAAAUGAACUAUAUACUGACGGCAUUGAUCUUUCCAUUCGAUUGGCUUAUUCAGAAUCAGGUAUAGCUAAUGAGCAACAACAACAAUCACAGCAAGCUAAAGCUAGGAAAAGGAAUAUAAUUCUCAUAGUGAUAGUUCUUAUUGGAACUGUUACACUUGCUGUCAUCAUGGGCUGUGUAUGGAGGUGGAUGUGUCAGAGAAAUGAUGUGAAGAAAAUGUCGGGCAAGAAGACAUUAUUGCAGAACUCCAAGUUGAAAGAAGGAACUACAGUUGAAACUGGAGAUUUACAAGUAUUCGUAUUGGAGAAGUUGGCGAUUGCGACAGAACACUUCCAGGAAAUAAAUAAGCUUGGGCGAGGUGGUUUUGGUACAGUAUACAAGGGAAGAUUAGAAGAUAACCAAGAAAUAGCAGUUAAGAGACUUUCAAAAGCAUCUGGGCAAGGUCUUCAGGAGUUCAUGAAUGAGGUGUUGGUUAUCUCAAAACUUCAACAUAUAAAUCUUAUUAAGCUGCUGGGCUGCUGUGUAGAAGGGGAAGAAAAAAUGCUGGUCUACGAGUUCAUGCCAAAUAACAGCCUUGAUGCACUUCUCUUUGAUCCAGCUCAUCAGAAGCUCCUCGACUGGAAGAAGCGACGUAACAUAAUCUUAGGCACAUGCAGAGGACUUCUUUACCUUCAUCGAGAUUCAAGAUUAAGGAUUAUUCACCGUGAUCUUAAAGCAAGCAACAUUUUGUUGGAUGAAAAUCUCAAUCCUAAAAUAUCAGACUUUGGCAUGGCAAGAAUAGUUGGAGGCAACCAAGAUCAAGCUGACACGAAAAGGAUUGUUGGUACCUAUGGUUAUAUGUCUCCAGAGUAUGCAAUGGAAGGCCGAUUUUCAGAAAAGUCAGAUGUGUUCAGCUUGGGGGUGCUGCUACUAGAGAUAGUGAGUGGAAGAAGAAACAGCAGCUUCAAAACUGAGGAUUCCUUGAGCCUCGUCGGUCAUGCAUGGAAAUUGUGGAAUGAGGACAACAUUUUGUCAUUAAUUGACCCAACAAUUUCAGAAUCCACCUUCCAAGCAGAAAUUUUGAGGUGCAUACAAGUUGGACUGCUGUGCGUGCAAGAAUUGUCCGAAGAUAGACCUAGCGUUUCCAUGGUCAUUUCCAUGGCUGAAAAUGAAGUUUUAAAUCUUCCUAUUCCAGCACAACCCGGUUUUACCCAAAGAAGGGUUGAUUUUCUUAAUGAAGCCCAGCAAAAUGGUCAUGAAUAUUGUUCUGUGAAUCGUGUUUCAAUUACUUCGUUAAGUGCUCGAUGACAUUUGUUUCACCAGAGAGAUGUAUAUGCUGUGAAUCCUGUGAUUAGUGUCUAUUGAUUCUAUUAAAGUUGGUCAAUUAUGAGCGAGUACACUGCAAGAUUAGGACAAAAACAUUCCAGGCAAAGAUUAUAUGAGAUUAAGGUAUGCAGAUCCUGUCAGCUUUCACUUCUCUGUUGUUUCUGCUAAACAUUGGCUUACAGUUUUUAAUAACGUAAGUAGUCCUUGAGUGGAAAUGGUUUAUUUAUAGUUAGAAUUUGGGCUAGCUUAGACAGACUAUGCAAUCAUCUUGAUCCGGGUAAAUGUGGACCAUAUGGGGCAACAUUGUCCACAUGGUGAGGAUUCCUUGGAGCCUCUUACAUUAGAUCAUUAAGUGAUCUACAACAUGUCCACACAUAUUAGUGUUUCUCCUUAUGUAGAAGUGAUACAACUAAUAUUUUUAUUGAUAAAAACUAUUAUUCGAUCGAAAGUCUACUAGACUCCACCUAAUACAUAUUCAAUUCUGCCUUGGAUAAAGGUCUCCCAACAAGUGUUUGCUACAUUUUAAGAGCUUCGAAUCGAAGACCUAAGGUUGAGUUGGAAUAAUGUCUUCACCAAAUGAUUGAGGCACUUGUUAAUUGUAAUCAUUGCUCUAAUGAAAUGUAGCCAAAAUCUUAUACGAGACAGUUUUAUGUAAAAUCAGGUUGACUUAAUCUAGGGUUACUUGUGAUGUAUCAAACACAAGACCUUUUUACAUUAGCCUGCAUAUGAAAAGUUGUAAAUUACCUUCUUAUUUUAUUGCUUAUAUGGUUAGCCUUUUCGGGAUGGAAAUUGUGGAA